AUGGCGAGUCCCGGGCAGAAAGUGGUGCUGAUCACCGGCUGCUCCUCCGGCAUCGGGCUGAGGAUGGCUGUGAUGCUGGCCAAGGAUGAACAGAAGCGCUAUCAUGUCAUAGCAACAAUGCGCGACCUGAAACGUAAAGAUAAGCUGGUGGAAGCUGCUGGUGAUGCGUACGGGAAAACUCUUUCUCUGGCUGUUCUGGACGUCUGCAGCGAUGAGUCUGUCAAACAGUGUAUUAACGGCAUCAAAGACCGGCAUGUGGAUGUCCUCGUCAAUAAUGCAGGUAUCGGCCUUGUGGGUCCCAUAGAGAGCAUCCCCAUCGAAGAGAUGAAGAAAGUGUUUGAAACCAAUUUCUUCGGUGUGAUCCGCAUGAUCAAGGAGGUAAUGCCUGACAUGAAGAAAAGGAAAGGAGGACACAUCAUCGUGGUCAGCAGUGUGAUGGGACUGCAGGGUAUCGUGUUUAAUGAUGUGUAUGCAGCUUCCAAGUUUGCUAUGGAGGGCUUCUGUGAGAGUUUGGCUGUGCAGCUCUUUAAGUUUAAUGUCACAUUGUCACUGAUUGAGCCGGGCCCAGUGCACACUGAAUUUGAGGCAAAGAUGAUUCAGGAUGUGAGCCAGAAGGAGUAUCCUGGAGCGGAUCCUGAUACAGUACAUUACUUCAAGAACGUCUAUCUUCCUUCUUCUGUUGACAUCUUUGAGACACUGGGACAAACGCCUGAUGACAUUGCCAAAUGCACCAAGAAAGUGAUUGAAGCAAGCAGCCCGCGUUUUCGUAACUUAACUAACCCUUUGUAUACGCCCAUUGUAGCCCUGAAGUAUGCUGAUGAAACUGGAGGCCUGUCCGUCCGUGCCUUCUACCACAUGCUCUUUAACAUGGGUCCUAUAAUGCACGUCAGCAUGACUGCCAUGAAGUAUCUCACCUGUGGAUGUCUGAGGAGCAGGACAAUCUCACCAAACUAGAAACUAAAAUCUCUUGUACACAAAUCUGAACAAUGUGCAUCAAUAAAGAGCACACACUACCUCAGCUUAGGUUAUUAAGGAAAAAAAUAAACAAAUACAAACAUACACAAGAGUUUGACUUCUGGAACCUGCCAUAUUUCGCACUUCAUAUACAAUAUGUAUAACAAUCCUCCCUAGUAUCUUAGGAAUAUACAAAUACCACACGUAGUCCAGUUAAAGUGAAAUAUUACAACAAAUUGUUUUAGGCUACCCAGAGUGCCAAAUGUGUAGUGUUUGCACUGUAGUGUAGGCAGGUUUCAUCAUUUUAACCCAAUCAGCCCAAGACAACUUCACAUUUCAGACUGUAUUAAACUGUAAUUUGAUUAUAAAGAUGGGUCUACACCUUGUUUACUUGUAUGUUUAGCCUAUGUAUUUCCAUCUAAUGUACAUAUAUUUAAAAUGUUGCCAGUGUAUUGGACUAUUUUGGCAUUAAAAGCUGUCAUUGAUACCUUCCAGUUGCAGUUGUGUU